CUCCAGUCACACCGUGCUUCCCCUGCCUGCCCCCACUGGCUCCUUCCUUGCUCAGGCCCUUUGCUGCCUGGAGUGCCUCCCCCAUGUCCAUCACCGUGGCCUAAUUAGCUCCUCCGAGAAGUGACCCAUCAGACCAAGUCAGGGUUUCCUCAUUACGUGCUUUCAGCAUUGUUAGUACAGGGUGCCAUCAUGGUUGUAUUUUGCAUUUAUUUGUGUGGCUGUUUAACUUUUCCCCACUAAACUGUGCUGCAUGAAGGCAAGAGUCUGUGUGGUUUGCUCACUCCUGCACCCCUGCUUAGCUGAGCACCCGGUACUUGUGGCAACCACCCCUCGGUGUUGUGGAGUGGUGCACACACGCCACAGGCUCUGAAGGAUGCGUGAAGCCUCAGGGGCAGAUGCCCAGGUCUCAGCCAGGACACAUGGAUGCUCAUCCACCCAGCCUCAUGGUAGGAGUCUGACAGCCUCCAUCCCCAGGGUCCUGUGAGGGCCCUGCCUCCUCCUUGGCACCCACCCUGCCCCCUGCGCCUGGGCCUAGAUCCUGUGGCCCUUCCCAGGCUCAGGUGUGCCUGUUCCCAAGGCAGUGAGCAAACCCCUACCCAGACUGGGGCCCGUCUGAGGGGAGGGUUGCAGAUCACCGUGGUGUGGGUCCUUCCACCUCCUCCAUACCGCACCACCCCUCUUGAUUUUAGAGCCAAAGGGGCCUAGGGACUGUCUCGCUCAGCCCUGUGGUGCUUGUAUGUGCCUGAGACAUGCCAUGAGGCGGCGCCAGAAUGGGGCUGGCACCCAGGGGUCCCUGGGGUGCUGGUGUGUGUCCUUUCAGGAAGCUGUGACGUUUGGUGAUGUGGCUGUACACUUCUCGCGGGAGGAGUGGCAGUGUCUGGACCCUGGCCAGAGGGCUCUCUACAAGGAGGUGAUGCUGGAGAACCACAGCAGUGUGGCCGGACUAGCAGGAUUUCUGGUCUUCAAGCCUGAGCUGAUCUCCCGACUGGAGCAGGGGCAGGAGCCGUGGGUCAUCGACCUGCAGGGAGCGGAAGGGAGAGAGGCACCAAGGACCCCCCAGACAGGUUCCAUGAUUAGUACUGAGGGUGAGCAGUCCCGAGAGGAUGCGGACGCUCUACAAUCAGAAUCCCCUGCGACGAUGUUCAGAAGUGCCCCACAGGCUUGUCCUCGGAGUCCUGGCUCUGGAGACACCUCAGAUUCUGAGGUCUGGACAGAGACUGAGUCUAGCUCCCUCUUCAAGAAACACCGCUUGAACAUGGGGACGGUGGCCCCCAGGAAGACUUUGGCCGAGGAGGGUAUGCAGGGACAUGGCGAGCUGGGAAGUCAGCCAGAUAGACGCCAGGGGGGCAGUGCAGAGGCAGUGUCCCGAAGAUGUGAUCUGUGUGGCAGGACGUGUGGGUCCAUGUUGGCGGUUGCUCUGCCUCAGGAAAUUAACACACAGAAGAAACCUAACCGAUGUGAAGAGUGCCAGAAAAAGUUACCCAAUUGCCUGCAGGGAAAACACCGAGGGACCUGCCGUGGAGAGAAGCCUCACGAGUGUGAGGAGUGUGGGAAAGCCUUCCGGUUGUGCUCACAGCUCAAUCAGCACCAGAGAAUCCACACCGGAGAGAAGCCAUUCAAGUGCAUUGAGUGUGGAAAAGCCUUUCGCCUGAGCUCCAAACUCAUUCAGCAUCAGCGUACUCACACAGGGGAGAAGCCCUACAGGUGUGAUGAGUGUGGGAAGGCCUUUGGUCAGAGCUCCAGCCUCAUCCACCAUCAGAGGGUCCACACGGGAGAGAGGCCCUACGGCUGCCGCGAGUGUGGGAAGGCCUUCAGCCAGCAGUCCCAGCUGGUCAGACACCAGCGGACGCACACGGGAGAGAGGCCCUACCUGUGCCGGGAAUGCGGGAAGGCCUUCAGCCAGAGCUCCACGCUGGCACAGCACCAGCGUGUGCACACAGCGGGGAACCCCCCAGUACCAAGAACCCUGGGCAGCACCAGCCUCGCCCACCCGAGAACUCAUGCAACUGAAAAACCGUUUAAGUGUAACGAGUGUGGGAAGGCUUUCAGGUGGGUCUCCCGCCUCAGUCAGCACCAGCUGACUCACACUGGAGAGAAGCCUUACAAGUGCAACAAGUGUGCAAAAGCCUUCGGCUGUAGCUCACGGCUUAUUCGCCACCAGAGAACUCACACUGGAGAAAAACCAUUUAAAUGUGAGGAAUGUGGGAAAGGCUUUGUCCAGGGCUCACACCUGAUUCAGCACCAGAGGAUCCACACUGGAGAGAAGCCCUAUGCGUGUGGUGAUUGUGGGAAAGCCUUCAGCCAGAGCUCCAGCCUCAUCUACCACCAGAGGAUCCAUAAGGGAGAGAAGCCAUACGGCUGCCUGGAGUGUGGGAAGGCGUUCAGCAUGAGCACACAGCUCACCAUUCACCAGCGGGUCCACACGGGAGAGAGGCCCUACAAAUGUGGUGAGUGCGGGAAGGCCUUCAGCCAGAACUCUACCCUUUUCCAGCACCAGAUAAUCCACGCCGGGGUGAAGCCGUACGGGUGUGGUGAGUGUGGGAAAGCCUUCAGUCGGAGCUCAUAUCUCAUCGAGCACCAGAGGAUACACACACGAGCCCAGUGGUAUCACGAGUACGGGAAUACCCUAGGAGGUCCUACCCAAGUGAGCCGUAAAAAAGUCAACACCAUGAAGAAACUACACAGAUGUAGUGAAUGUGAGAAAAUAUUCAGAUGGCGCUCGCAUCUAAUUAUACAUCAGAGAAUUCACACUGGAGAGAAACCUUAUAAAUGUAAUGAGUGUGGCAAAGCCUUUAACCGGAGCUCAAGGCUCACUCAGCAUCAGAAGACUCACGUGGGGUAGACCGCUCACCUCGUGUGAGCAGUAAACCCCCAGCCUUAACCCGUCGGCUUCACACGGGGUCGUCUAUAUGACGUGAACUUGGAAUGUGCUGCAGACCCCAGUGCACAGUGUCUGUUGGUUGGAA